UUGGCUGAAAUAAAUCGUCAUCCGUGGGUUACUGCUGGUGGUAAGGGUGAAUUAGAAUUGGAGCUUCCCAUGAUGGAAGUCGUUCAGACGCAUGUUAUACCUUCUGCUUCGGCUGUGGACCCUGAUGUUUUAAAUGCCAUUUGUUCCUUGGGUUGUUUUAAGGAAAAGGAAAAACUUAUACAAGAAUUAUUGAGUUCAACACACAAUACCGAAAAAGUUAUAUAUUUUCUGUUAUUGGAUCGUAAACGUAGACGUCCAGCUUUAGAAGAUGAUGAAGAAAUCGCUCAAAAAUCUCGCAGUGAACUAGAGGCCGCUGAUCCUCCACGUAAACGUUUAGAUACAUGUCGUAUUAAUGGUACAAACUCUACUAGUUAUGGCCAAAUAUCUGAAGGUUCUCCCUUGACGCCUAGAAGACAAGCUUUCAACUUCCGAUCCUAUAGUAGUACACGUAAUCACCAAAGACGUUCUCCUACAUCGGUUUCUACGAUGCGUUCUUCUUCAUAUCAUAGUCCAACACGAUGUAAUUCUCCGAUUAGUUCGGCUCAGCAGCAGGCCAAUGUUUUGUCCAGACCUUCGUCGCCGGCCUCAUCGUCGGGUCACUCGUCACGUCAUUCAACUUAUGGCGAUAGAGAGCGAUCAUCAUCGGUACAUCAUACUCCUAGCAGUCGGACCUCAUCACAUUCAUCUCAGGCUGGUGUUGAAGGUCAUAAUAGUGGCAGUAGUAAUGAGGUUGUAUCUCGUGAGCUGCGAGAACGAAGAGAAUCACGCAACGAACGUUCAUCUACAGUACAAACUAGUUGUGUUCCCGGUAGUCCCGGUGGUAAUUCAGCAACAGUUCAUCAAAGGGCCAAUUCUGGACCCACAAUCGCCAUAAGUAUGUUUCACGAUCCGGAAGCCAAUAAUGUUAUGAAUCCUACAACAUCACCGUUGAUGAAUAAUAGUACUGCUGCCAUAACGGGUUCACCAUGCAAUGCUCCCGGUGGACAACUGUGGAAAACUAGACUUACCAAUAUUAAGAAUAGUUUCUUAGGUAGUCCACGCUUUCAUCGAAGAAAACUUCAGGUUUCCGCUGAUGAGGUUCAUUUAACCCCAGAAUCAUCACCAGAAUUAACCAAACGUUCCUGGUUUGGUAAUCUAAUCACAACUGAAAAGGAUGAAACCUUUACGAUUUUGGUUAAAGGAAAGCCCAUUGCCACUGUUAAGGCUCAUUUGAUUCAUGCAUUUUUGUCGAUGGCGGAAUUAUCGCAUAGUGUGGUUUCGCCAACCUCAUUUCGUGUUGAGUAUAAACGUAACGGCAAUGGACCGGUCAUGUUUCAGCGACAUGUUAAAUUUCAGGUUGAUAUUAGUGCUAUUUGCAAACAGGGUGAUGUAGCAGAUAUGUUAUUUGCUCUAACAUUUACACUAUUAUCGGGUAAUAUAAGACGAUUCCGUCGUAUUUGUGAACACAUACAAUCUCAGGUAUGUUCGAAACGUUUUCCGGGACCUAGUAGUCCGCCUACAGUACCAACUGUUACCCAAGCAGUAUCAGAGAGUUCAUCUUGUGGUUCCGUAUCCAGUGAACGUUUGUCCUAUAAGAGACAGCAAAUCGAAAAUGAUACAGAAAACGAUUCAAUAUUUACGUACAAAUCUGGCAAUAGUCGUCGUUCAUCGGCCACAAAUAAUAAUAAUGCCAAUCCUAUCGAUAUGCCUGGUAGUCCCAUUGCGGUAAGAUCCAAUUCCGAAUCAGCUGAACAGGAGCGGUCACGUGAUAUCCAGAGUGAGCGUCAGGCGACAACAAUGUCCGGGAGUGCAAUAGCAUGAGAAUUAUUUCUCUGAUUUGGUUCAAGUUUUAUACAAAUUAUUUAUUUUCCACAAAUCUACCAACUUUUACUUCAGGUUUAAGUAUUUCUACACAAAAAUCUCUUUCACACACACACACUUAUAAGUGAAAUUAAUUAAUAAAAUAAAAUAAAAAAUUAAAACUAAAAACAACCAAGAAAACCAGAAAUUCUUAACCAUUAAUAGUAUUCAAAUUUUUUUCAAAAACAAAAAUAAAAACUAACCAAUAAAAACCAAAAAAUAAACACAAAUUAAGAAGCAAUAAAAACAAUUUAAUCAAAUUUUCUUAAGCCUAAAUAACAAAAAAAAAAAAAAAAAACAACAAAGAAAUUGUGAAAAAAAACUUUAUGCAUUUAGAACAAUUUGUGUUUUAGAAAAACCAAAAAAAUCAUCAUCAUAUUCACCUUUGAUGAGUAGAAAAAUUGCAUAAUAAAACAAAUUGAAGAUAAAUAUUUUUUAUAAUAAAAUUUGCUUUUAAACUAGAGGACAAAUUUUCAUAUAAAUGCUUGUUAAAUUAAAAGAAAAAAUAAAAAUAAUAAAAUACAAAAAUAGUCAGUUGAAAGAUCACCAAAAACAAUAAUUAUUGCUUCAACUCAAUGUCGAUACAUUUGUACUAAAUACUUACAAACACUUGAUAAUAUUUUCUAACUUUUUUGGGUUUUCUACUAAAAAUUUUGAGCUCCUUUUUUAUUUUUGUUAAAUUUGACUUAAACAUUGUUGCCGCCGAGCCGUAAAAAUAAAAAACUUAAGAAAAGAAGAAAAUGCUUAAAUAAAUUAUUAAAUGGGUGGGCUGCUUUAGGCCUACCCGAGAAUAUACUUAUACUUACAUAUACCUAAUAAUUGCAGUGCAAGUCGUUGCAUGGACUUACACACAAGAAAUAAACUUAUUAUAAAGUUAAAAGCUAAAAAAAUUACCGACCAGUGAUUAUUUGAUCGACAGAAUCAGAUUGAUUGUAAAUUGAUGAAAAAUCUUUUGAUUUAUAUGUUGUUGUAUGUAUGUAUAACUAAUAUACUACAUAACCUAACAAACAAACAAAUUCUCGUAUGUAAGUGUUAAAACAUAUACAUUUUUACAUAAAUUAAAAAUUGUAUAAAAAAAUUUGUAUAUUUAAAAGUGAAAUGAAUUUGAACUCAGCAACAACAACACCGAACUAACCAAUGUUGAAGCAUUGAAAUUUGUGUAAAAACGAAAUUAUUAAUGUUGAGGAAAACCAAAAUAAAAGAGAUAAAUUUAUAAACAUUAAACGAGAAAAAAAAAAAGAAAAAUAUUUUGAAUAACAAAAUUAAU